AAUUAAUAAGUUCAGAAAUAAUCUGCCUAGUGUCAUUAAUACACAAACUUAUUCACACCUAUUUCCACACAGGCCCACGCAAACAUAACGUGUUUUCAGUCACCUAUAUUCAGUUUGAAUUGAGACGUUGUGUUAUGUGUUUAAACGGUGAUACAGUGUCAAACAUAAUUUUGCUGGGCCCGUGUCGCGAUUUGUAAACGAACUCUAUGGACUUUGUUCGUCAGCAUUUUAUUUAUAACGCUAAACUAAAUAAAUUAAACAAAUAACUAAUAAUUAAACAUAUGGAAUCUGAAUUGUCGCCAGAUAAAGAGAAAGAUUUUGUGCCAGUGCCGAUAAAAACUUAUCAAUGGGAAGAUUUACGGCGCGCUCGUGAAGCUGGAUGUUACCCUUGGACACAUUUACUGAAGCCUCCCCUGGAAGGUGAGAUCACUGCAGAAGACAUCAUUCGGGAGACAACACCGAGAAGAAGUAUGUCGCGAGAAAUAUCAAGGUCAAGGACGCACUCCCCAGUAAACAACGAUGUGCAAAAGAUUCUCAAUCUAGAUUCCUCGCCGGGAAGUAGCCGUAAGCAUGGCGAAGAAGGUGAGGAUGAAGGUGUACACAUACCAAACUUUUCAAAGGAAAUAUCAUUAGAUGAAGAUGAUAUAUCUAUAGAACCUAUAGUAGGUCCCAAGCGACCAGAGAGUCACGCUAGUGUACAUUUAGUAACUCCUGUAGAAAUACCUACAAUGAACGUUUCGCCAAAGAGCAUUCUUAAGCGUCGCGUACCAGAACAGCAGUAUAUCGGCGUUACAGAAACAAGAGAGAAAACAAAAUGUUGUCAUCCUUUGGUAAACAAAAUAAAACAUUUAGCUGACAAAACAUUACACAAGUUAGAUAGAAGUGAACUUGAAAAAUCCCCGGUAUCUAAACGUAAAAAAAAUGAGGAUACCCAAGAAAUAAGACAAUUGAAAUCAUCACCAGGCGCAGUCCGAAGACAAAAAUUCAGUGCCAUCAAACUUGGUGACUCGGACGAAAUGAGUAAAACAAUGAGCAUAGAUACUCCGCCUCCUCGGAAGAAAAAAGAACACAUUUACGAAGACAUAGAGGAUUCACAACAGGACAAUGAAAAAACCCUUCAUUUUUCACCUGAAGUUGCUCAACAAGGCAUAACUAAGGCCGAUGACGAAAAUGAUAAUAAUAAAGAGAAUGAAAGCGUCACGGAAAAAAAGUCAAUUGCGUCACAAGAUCCAAGCCUAGUGGCGGAAAGCGCUUCAUUGGGCUCUGCAGAACACGUCAUGGAAAAAUUACAUAAAAUGGAUAAUGUAAAAAAAGAAGCAGUAUUGCUAGACGAAGAAAUGGAUCAAGAGGAACCGAACUUGGACGAGAUAUUUCAAAACCAACUAGACGAGCGAGGGCCCAACAACGACUCGCCAAAUAUCACCAUCACCGAGAUUACGGAUGAUGAUGUGGAGACUAAUGCAGAUACCGCACAGUCCACCUCCGUGCCUAUAGAGACGUCUCCUAGCCCCAGCCCGCGAGAUGUUGGAAAACGGAACAUCGAAUUCGUUGAGAGACGAUGGUCUAAACCUAGCAGUGAUCACGAAUAUGAAAUCAUCGAAAAACCUCCACCGAAUAUAAUAUACACAGCACCGAGUGUAGAUGAAAAACCCACGUUGACCAAAACCGAUGACGAUCUGUCGAGUACGACAUCUUUGGAGAGAAAAUGUUUACAACACACGUCUGACGAAGACGAGCAUCCAGAAAACAAAGAAAUUGUACCUGAUGAAAGUAAUACCGGAAUGACAGAUGCCGAGGCUUUACAAAAGGAUAUUGAAGAUAGGUUUUUUGUGAACACUCCAUCUACAAUGUCAAGGACUGAUUGUGAAGUAAGCACUAGUCAAGUUGAUUCCUCAGCGCUGGAGCAGUUACCUUUAAAACGUGAUAGUCGUACAAAAGUUGCUGAUAGUGGCGAUAGCAGGAUACAACAACGUUUCAAAGAAAGCACGGGUAAAUUAAAAUUACAAGCUGGAAAACUCAAAAGUAAAAUAAAAAAUAUUAAAACUCAUAAAGUAACAAUGCCGGAUAAGCCUAAAUUUACUAUGCCUGAGAGGCCUAAAUUUAAAAUGCCUGAACGGCCAAAAUUCACACUUCCCGAAAGACCUAAAUUUAAUUUGCCAGAAAGAAGAAAAUUCAGUAUGCCGGAGCGACCAAAGUUUAAAGCGUUAAAUCUGUCUGAAAAACUUAACUUUGGUGACCGGAAGAAAUUUACAUUACCUGAGAGGCCCAAAUUUAAUGUACCAGAUCUACCAAAAUUUAAACUGCCUGAAAGACCGAAAAUUAAUUUCCCAAGUUUAGGUCGAAAAAAAGAACAUAAAGUAGAAAAUGAUACCAGCAGUUCGGCAACAGAUUUAAGAAAUGUGGCCACGGUAGAUUUUGAAGCUAAAACUUACCCAAGACUAUUUAAUAGGAAGAAAAAAUCAGAACUUCAUAAAACUUCAUCAUCUCCUACUUUGAACAGAGAGGACACCCCGCCCGCAACUUUUACUUUCACUCGGGUCAAGAAAACUAAAGAUGAUUCUGAUUCUUAUAUCCCCGACAGUCCCGAACAACCAAGAGAAUACGGAACUGUAGACAAUGAAGAGCCCGAAUUUGGGAAAGAUGUUGAAAUUAGAAGACAGUUUGAAACCACAUAUGAUUUUGACAAAUUACCCGAAACAUAUAUGGAUGAUGAACCCGAAGAAAAUAAUAGUUACGACCGCAACACUGUAUCGACACCAGAUGUAUCACCGUCUAAACAAGAAUACACACCCGUGAUAACCGAAAUUAAUAAUGACGAAUUUUUCGUACGACCGAGAGGCAUUUCUCGCGAAGAUAUUCAGGUAAGAGAAUACUUGAGCGAUGAAACACGACAAGCUUUCAAGAAUCCGAAAAAUGUCCUUGCUUUAAUGGGCAGCAGUUCGGUAGUGAAUGAUGAUAGCAUGUAUAUGAAUGAUGUUGAGGUUGAUCCUGAACUAGUUUUUGAUGACAACGAGCAAAUAAGAUAUUCAAGCGAAGAUUUAAAUGACAAAGAUGAUGGAUAUUAUACAUUCCCACCAGUGAGGCCGUCGCGAGCUAAACGGAAAAAGAAGGAGGUUGAUGACACUCCGUAUAUUGAUGAAAGUGUAAAUAAUAGUAUGCAUUUCACCGAGGUUGAUCUUGGAUUGUCCGAUGAAAAGACAGUACAAAAGACAAGCGAACACAUUGAAAGUUUUGAGCCAACAGAAGUUGAGGAGGUGUUCAAGUUUACCCCUACAACUGAUUUGCAUUCUAUACAUGAAUAUGCCAACGACGACGUCAUACAGUAUCCAGAGAAUGUCCCCAUACAAUCUCAAACUCUGCCGAUGCCGCCAAAGAGAAAAAAGAAGUUCGGCAAUAAUGACCUUGUUCACUCUUCAUUAAAUGAUUUCAAUAAUGUGCCUUCAGCCAAGUUGUGGGAAGAACCGCAGGAGCAACACAUGGACGAUAUAGUCGUUUAUCGAACAGAACAUGAAUACAUAGUGCCUCAAGGCGAGAGUAUCAUCACUGAGCAGAGUCCUCUACCUCCGCGUCGUAACCGCUCUCGGAGCUCGAGAGGCACCUCCAUUUGCGAUGACGAUAGAACUUCUCAUGGAGCUGAGUCGCUUACUCCCGACACUCAUGCCGCAGUAACUGAUGAGAUGGAUCCUAUAAGGUAUACACAGCGUGAAAGCCCCGGCUAUGCUACUGUUGACAAAGGUCCCUAUGCUUCCAGCAAAGCUGUCAAAAGAUCUGUCAGCAAAACACCCCCGGCACGGCGCCGAAAAAGCAAUAGUUCCGAACGCAAGUAUUACACAGUAGGAUCUUCUAAAGGGUGCCCUGACCGUCCACCACGAAAGAAAUCGUCUACAAGUCUUAUGACUUUGGACAGUUAUACUAAACGAUCAAUAAGCGGAGACCUCACUCAAUAUGUGGAAAUAGAUGAGCCCUUCGAAACGCACAAAGAUCUAAAAUCUGGUGACGUCGUUAAUAAAAUGAAGGAUAGGCCGCUACCGCCUCCUCCGCGACCACCUAGAGGAUCCAGACGUAGAAGAAAAGACAGAAGUACUGUCGAACAGAAGUCAUUCGAAUCUGAUAUAAAUAUUGAAUCACCAGAGCCAUCAACUGAACGUAAAGAAACAUCCGAAGACGUUAUGGAAAUUGAAGUGUCAACUCAAACGGAUCCUUUGCCUGACGACGUAGAUUUUGAAUUAGGAUCGGAUGAAAAUCUAAAUGUAUCUGUAACAAGCUCUUUAAGAGACGUAGUUAAUGAGGAUUCAAUGAUCAGUAAAAGUUACACUAGAAUAGGGGAAAGUCCACGCGUCUCGCGACCUGCUUCUAGAUCCGAAAAAUCUUUAAAACUGUCCGAUCCGAAAAUAUCAGAAAUAUGUAAACCUAAUAUAGGACGUACGUCACCGGCCGUAAUAUUGGUUGAAAAACGCGUUUCAAGUCCAACGAGAAUAAAUGAACGCGAUGAAAUGUUAACUGAAGCUUCUUUAACAGUCCAACACAUAGAUGUCAAUGAAUCUCAAAUCCCAGAUGUGCCCCCGUUGCCAAGGUCAAGACACGCUCCCAGCACUACUCAAAGUUCUAAAAAUAUGGCUUCGUCCAGCCAGGAGCGGGCACUUGAGCGAGUAACUGACGCAAGCAAAGAUGUGCAGUUGGAUAAUUUAGUAACCCAACGUCUACAGGUUAGAGACUUAGAUGUUGGCCGAUUGAACGUUUCUGAACUGCAAGCUAACAAAAUUCUGGUAUCGGAUAUCGAGGGUAUGACAUUACAAGUUUCUGAAUUAGACUCGAAGUCUGGUCAUAUAUCCGUAAGUGGAAUUGAAUUUUCCCAGUCAGUCAUAGAUGAAAUCGUUAAGAAAUUUGCAGAAAUAUCAACUAGUCACGCUCCGGCAGCUGAAGAACAAACCUUUUUGCCUCCACGGUGCGUAAGCAGAGAAGAACAGACGCAAACCGAUGACCCGGUUGACCAAAAAGUCGAAACAAAAAUUUCCUUAGAAGAGGGAGACGGUCCCUCCUCGUCCCCGUUGCCUAGACCAGCCAGUACUGACGAGAGUUCUGUACCUCCGCAGAGACCACCGCCUCCUGACCUUACCCCAUUGUUAUAUUCCUAUCUCCAAGACAUAACAAUACCACCAGCAUCCUUCUAUCCUUCAAGGUCGUUUAGAGAACGUCCAUUCACAGAAUUCCAUGAAUCCCAACAACACCAAACUCCUCCUCCACCAACUCGACGAACAAAAAGGAAACCAGCUGCCCCACACAGCGAAUCGAGUUCCGAUGAUGCACGUCUUUGUCCAUCUCCACGGCGGAUGCCCCCUCCUGUAAAGACGCAUGAGCCAACGAUUGCUGAAGCCGGAAGUCAUUUUUUAAGAGUCUGUCAAAGUUCAAUCAGCAGGACUAUAAGGAAUAUAUUUAACACGUUUAUGGCAUAUAUCAGCGGCGCAGAAGAUAAGAAAGACGUGCAGAUGGCACUGGUAAUCUUCCUCGUACUGCUUGCCGGCUUGAUCAUGUUUGGUUUGAGCGACAGCCGCACUAUCCACCAUCAUCAUUGGGAAUUCUUCAAUCCGCCUGACGGGAAAAUAUAAAUUUCUACCGUCUACGAGUUAAGUUUUCCCAGAGUUUUGACUAAGUUUACUUUACAUUUAAUUUAACAAUAGGGUUUGAGUAUUCAAGCAAUGCCGAGAUUAUAAUGCGAGCGCGCGCUUUUCAUAGCCCUCCAAAUGAAAAACACUCAAUAUUUUAAUAAUUAUAACUCUGAGCAUUUUUGCAAAUCACCCAGUAUUUAUAUGUUGUAUAAUGUUAAAGAGGGAGAUAUAUAGGAAAAAAAGUUAUGCAUUUCAUGCAAACAGUACUUUCCACUACAUUAUUUAAAAAGAGCAAAUUUUAUUUAAUCAUUGUUAUUAAUUAUAUGUGUCCAAUAUUUUGUUACUAGUUGUUGAUAUUCGCUGUAUGUCGCGUCGUUGUUAUUAAAUGAUAAUUUUUAUAUAUGCUCAGUUGUUUUCUAUUUGUAGUUAAAAAUUGUUAAAAGAGCAUUAUAUUAAUAAUGAUCUCAUUUUUUGAAGCAAAGUAUAAAAAAUUAUCGAUAUAAAUCAAAUUAAAAAAUGUUCUACUUAACGUCAAUAAUUGAAAAAAUCACUAUACAACAACAAAUCUAUCGAGCUAGACGUCUAUCGCAACAUGUGGUGACAACAUUUUCCUAACAUUGCUCAUCGGGCGGCAUAUUGAUUUUAAUUUAAAUGUAAUAAAUUAACAAAACCCAAGUGUGCAAAAUGCAAUAGUUUUACGUAAUAUUAAAAUUAAACCUAUCCAGGAUCCACAUCACGCGCUUAACAAUAACGAAAUAAACAUUUCAUUAGGAAUCUUAAUAAAUACUUUAUUGUUGAUUUAAGUAUAAUAAAAGCGAUGAGCUGGUUUGAAAUAUUGGCUUGAAAUAGCUCGAGGCUGAGAUUCAGUCUGGCCUCGACUCAUUGAAAAGAUCGUCUUUCUUCCGAGUAAUGCCUGACGAAAUGUAGAAAGAACUUUGUCGACAUAAGAUUUAAUAACAAUAAUUUGUUAAGAGGAUUUUUAUUUGUUACGGUCCAACCUAAAUCAUCCUUUUUACGACAGCGCACAUCAGUAAUGUGGAAAUAAACGAACUAAUACAAUUAUGGUACAGGAGGACACCUUUCGAAUUACGCAAAUGUGAUCAGAAGAUAAAGUUUUGGGCCUAAUGCUUAUCUGCAUCAAUUCCAAUUUUCAGCGGUAGUGAGGAAUGAGAGCGAGGGAGUGACAUGACGCAAAUCAGUGCGGCAGCUCUACUAGCGUCAAAAGUGACGUCACUACCUUCCAAAAGUAUCCCUCUUCUACCGCAGGAGCAUUAUCUCUGUGGUUGAAUACAUUUUACAAUAUUAGAUAAUACAACUGCGCUGUAAUUGUAAACGUAGUUUGUUGACCGAUGUUAUGCAUUUUUGUAUAUUUUCAUUUAUGUUGCGUAUUAUUAAUGCAAAAAUAAAAGUUUAAAAUAUA